AUGGUACUCUGGAGUCCAGUGCUGGGAGCCCUGCUGGUGAUCCUUGUGGGAUACCUGUGUCUUCCAGGGCUGCUCCGACGACGCAGGCCCCAGGAACCUCCUCUGGACAAGGGCUCUAUGCCCUGGCUGGGCCAUGCCAUAGCUUUCCGGAAGAAUAUGUUUGAAUUCUUAAAGGGAAUGCGGGCCAAGCAUGGGGAUGUUUUUACAGUGCAGCUAGGGGGCCAGUUCUUCACCUUUGUAAUGGACCCCCUCUCCUUUGGACCCAUCAUCAAGGACACAGAGAGAAAACUAGAUUUUGUGCAGUAUGCCAGAGAGCUGGUACUAAAGGUAUUUGGAUACGAGGCAAUAGAGGGGGACCACCAUAUGUUGCACUCAGCCAGUACAAAGCAUCUGAUGGGAGAUGGCUUGGAGGAUCUCAAUAAGGUCAUGCUGAACAGCCUGUCCUUGAUUAUGCUGGGGCCCAAAGGCUGGAGUCUGGAUGCCAGUUUCUGGCAUGAGGAUGGCCUCUUUCAGUUCUGCUACAGGACCUUGUUCAAGGCCGGUUACCUCAGCUUGUUCGGCUACACAAAGAACGUGGCACAGGACCUGUUACAGGCAGAAGAGACAUUCAUGAAGUUCCGCAGGUUUGACUGUCUUUUUCCACGGUUUGUCUACUCCCUGCUGGGGCCCCGGGAGUGGCUAGAAAUGGGCCGGCUUCAGCGUCUCUUUCACAAGACACUCUCUGUGGAACACAUCCUGGAGAAGGAUGGCAUGAGCAGCUGGUUAUGUUACAUGCUUCAGUUUCUGAGGGAGCAGGGAAUGGACCCAGCUAUGCAGGACAAGUUCAGUUUCAUGAUUCUCUGGGCCUCCCAAGGGAACACAGGGCCAACCUCUUUCUGGGCUCUCUUGUUCCUCCUGAAGCAUCCAGAAGCCAUGCAGGCUGUGAGGAAGGAGGCCACUCAGGUCCUGGGUGAAGCCAGGCUAGAAGCCAACCAGUUCUUCACCUUCGAAUUGAGUGUCUUGCAACACACCCCAGUGCUGAACAGCGUGAUGGAGGAGACCCUGCGUCUGGCGGCUGCACCCACCCUCCUCAGGGUAGUGCAGAAAGACUAUACCUUGAAGAUGUCCAAUGGACAAGAGUACCUGCUCCGUCACGGAGAUAAAGUGGCUCUCUUCCCCUACCUCUCAGUGCAAAUGGACCCUGACAUCCACCCCAAGCCCACUACCUUCAUGUAUGAUCGAUUCCUAAACCCCAACGGCAGCAGAAAAAUGGACUUCUACAAGGAGGGCAAGAAGAUCCACCACUACAACAUGCCUUGGGGCUCAGGUGUCUCCAUCUGCCCGGGUAGGUUCUUUGCCCUCAGUGAGAUGAAGCUCUUUAUUUUGCUCAUGGUCACAUAUUUUGACCUGGAGCUGGUGGACCCUGACACAGCUGUUCCCCCUAGGGACCCACAGCGCUGGGGCUUUGGCACAACACAGCCCAAACACGACGUGCGCUUUCGAUACCGCCUGAAGCCUAUGGAAUGAACUCUGCCAAGACAGUCAAGAGGGGGACCCCUUGUGGUCUCCCACCUUUCCUCACUCCUCUGCAGCUCCAGGCCCUCUCUGACUACCCCUCCUUCUGGUUCUGUGGACCUCUGCCUCUAUCCUAUUGUCCUUGCUGUCUGACCUCCUAGCCAUCUCACAGGCUUACCACUCUUCCUUUAAAACACCACCUUUCCCAACGGGUUCUGCAGAGCCCUCCCCUCACAGGAAGUCCAGUGGAAGGGGAAAUAUCUGAGAGCAAUUCAGUUUGGAGAGAUGGUGCCUGCCUUGAGUAGCCCUGUCUACAGAAACCGGCUCCUAUUCUGACUAGGCAUCUUGCAAACAUGGAACUCUCACCCCAUUUUGUGCCACAACACUUAUUCCACAUCCUGUGGGAACUCAGGUUCUUUGGGGAUUUUUGUUUUUUUCAGGAUCGGGGGUGGGGUGAUGGGUUUUGGGUUUUUUUGUUUUGUUUUGUUUUGUUGGAACUGGGGAUCUAACCCAGAGCUUCACUGUGGGAGGCAAGCGCUUUGCCAUUGAGCUACGUCCCGGCCCUGGAACUCAGGUUCUAGAACAGUAUUGUCAUAUAGAAAUAUGAGGCAAGUCACAUGUGUAAUUUUAAAUUUCCUAGUAGACAUAUUCUUCAAAAAUACAAAAGGUAGAAUUCAUUUCAUAUGUUUUAUGUAGCCCAAUGUAUCUAAAGAACUCACAUUUAAAUUUGUGACCAAUUUUUAAAAAAUUAAUGAAAUAAUUUACAUCCCUUUCUUUGUCCUGGCAUCAAAACCUGGUAGUACUUUACCCGGGCAGCACUCCUCAAUCCAAAAUAGCCACUCGGUAGUCACCGGUGGCUAUGAUGUAGUUCUAGAGAAACACUGCCUUCGAUGUAGGACUUAUUCUAGGUCCCUCCUUGCCGCCCUCGUCUCCUCUGUACAUCCCCACCCUAGGGUGAUUUCAGUCCUCCCUUAGUUACCACAACCAUUGCUAAGUCGGAGUUUUCUCUACCCCUUCACCAUCCAUCUCCCCAUGGGGGACCCACAACCUUUGAUCCAGCUUGUCUAAGCAUCUCUCCUAAGCACUGUCGGAACCACUCCCUCCUGAUUUCCCUGCCUCUCUCUGCUCGGGACUUUCCUCCACACCCCAUUGCCAAAAGCACGCCCUUAUCCUCUCUUGCUCUCUUCCACAUAUAGUGGGGCCCUUGUCCAGUCAGCUCAAUCCCCUGUAAUGGCCCUGAAAUGUGUCCUUUCCCCUGGCCCACAGCUAAUUCUUAGACCUGUGACUUUAUAACAGAGAAUUAGAAGCUGCUUUUGCUGAAAGCACUCACUUUUCACUUGGACCUGCAGAUGCUCAGUGGGUAACUGAAAGCAGCAUAAAA